CCCACGAUUUCACACCAUUGAGCAUGCCGCGUGUAGCUCCUACUCGCUGGCAUCAGAAACACUAGAUAUCUUCCGAGCUGUGCAGAUUCAUACAAAUACACACCAGCAUUGGCUAGACGAAGGCUGCGUUUUGCCAAAACUCACGUUGGGGAUAGGCAGUGAUAAAAAAGAAGGGGAGACAGAGUCCAGCAGCUCUCGCACACACCGGACUCAAGCAGGAUCAGCACCAUGAAGACCAGACUUGGCUGCCUGUCCAAUAAAUCUGACUCCUACAGUGACUUCUCAGAGUUCCUGCCUCCUGCUCACGAAACCACUGCCAGGUGUCUGAAAUUAUCAACGGAUGAGGUUGUUCGAUGGUCAGAAUCGUUUGAUCAUCUUCUCUCUCACAAAUAUGGCCUUGCUGCCUUCCGGACAUUUCUCAAGACGGAAUUCAGCGACGAGAAUAUUGAGUUUUGGAUGGCCUGCGAGGAGUACAAAAAAAUCAAGAGCUCAACCAAGCUCGUUUCAAAAGCAAACAAGAUCUUUAAGGAGUUCAUUGAUAUUCAGGCACCAAGAGAGGUCAACAUUGACUACCGCACCAGAGAAAAGACCAAGCAAAGUCUGGAGGAUCCGUCCCCAACCAGCCUCAAUGAUGUCCAAGCUAAAGUCUACAGCCUCAUGGAGAAAGACUCCUACCCACGAUUCCUCAGGUCAAAGAUGUAUCAGGAUAUAGUCAACAGGACGCAUGCACAAGGCCAACGGAGGUCUGUUUGACUGAAUCUGAUAGACCACAGAGAACAUGGAACUGGACUUAAAUAUAAAUCAUAACCCUUUUGACAUCAUCUCUGAAUACUGUGAAUCUGCAAGGAUGGGGCAACAAGCGCGACUAUUUCCUUUGUCUACACCAGCUCCAUGCAUGCAAUCCCUUUAGCAAAGACGUGUCUUAGUAGACUGUACAGAAAUGAGGGGAUUGGAUAAGGUAAUUGUUUAACCUCUACUUAGUGCUGGGCAAUAUGUCUAAAAAUAUUAUCUUAAAAAAAAUUACAAUAUCAUGCUAUAAUGAUAUUUAUCACAAUAGACGCUAUUCGCAUUAAGCUAACUAGAGCAAAAAUGAAAGACAGCAAGAAACGACAUGAAAUGCCAAAGCCAAUUAUUGAUCUUCCAUCCAUGCAUCUUCAUCUGCUUAUCUGGGGUCAGGUUGCGGGGGCAGCAGCUCCAGCAGGGGACCCCAAACUUCUUUCUCGAACCACAUUAACCAGCUCUGACUGGGAGAUCCCCGAGGCAUUCCCAGGCCA